AUGCUGCUUCCCCUGCUGCUGCCCCUUGCACUGGCCACUGCUGGGCUGGCCCAGUCUCCGGGCUGCGGAAAAGAUAUACCCUCGAAGUUUCCGAGUCCCGGAGAGAGCACCACGCUGCAUCUGCCGGGGACGGAUCGUGAAUAUCGGCUCUACAUCCCGACCACAUAUGACAAAAAUACGCCCACUGCGCUCUACUUUUCCUUCCAUGGAGCGACGCAGAAUAUGAGCUAUGAGGAAAACCUAUCGCAGUUUUCCAAACCCUUUUUUAACAAAGGGGGCAUUGCCAUCUACCCCAAUAGUAAGAAUGGCUACUGGCUCUCCAACCCUAACGCCAAUACCUCGCGGCCCAAUGACCUUGAUUUUACCAACGACCUCCUGACGCAUAUGGAGGAGUUGCUCUGUAUCGACAAGAAGCGAGUCUAUUCCGCUGGCAAGUCCAAUGGCGGUGGAUUUACCGCUGUCAUUGCCUGCAAUGCCACGGUUGGCAGCCGUUUCGCUGCCUUCGCAUCCGUCAGCGGUGCGUACUAUAAUACCGACGAUAUCCCUGGUGUCGGUCCCUGUCAGCCUGCGGAGCGAGAGGAGGGAUAUCCCUUCUUGGAAUUCCAUGGCACCAUGGACACCACGGCGCCCAUAGAUGGCAACACUAAGAGCAACCCCAAACUUCCGGUCAUUGACAUCCUCGAAGGUUGGGCUGCACGGAAUGGGUGUGGUCCGGGUUCCAAGUGGGCAAGAAAUGAGACGGUCUUCCAAGAUCCACUCGUCAAACAUGCCAGCUGGGGUUGUGCCGGCAAGCGUGCCAUUGUUCAGCAUUAUCGGGAGAGCGAGAUUGGUCACUGCUGGCCGAGCACACUGGGCAAUGGCGACUUCAAGCAACACCCUUCCCAGUGCCCGCUGGGAAAUUAUGUGUUCAAUGCUACCGAGUACAUAUUCGAUUUCUUUGCUGGAUAUCAUUUGUGA